AUGAAGACUUAUCUGCCUUCACUGGACGACAUACCAGGUAUCACCAACGGCAAUGGAAAAUACCCAGGAAGUAAUGGUGGUUUUCCCGGCAACAACGGUGGAUUCCCAAAUGGCAAUACAGGCUAUCCUUGGAACAACAAUGGACACCAAGGAAACAAUGGCGGCUUUCCUGGCAACAAUGGCGGAUUUCCAAAUGGCAACACAGGUUACCCGUGGAACAACAAUGGAUACCCAGGGAGUAAUAACGGUUUUCUGGAAAUAACGGUGGAUCUUCAAACGGCAACACAGGUUAUCCGUGGAACAACAAUGGAGGGGUGCAAGGCAAUAACGGAGGCUUUCCCAAUAACAAUCAAUGGUGGAUUCUCAGGAACAGGACGUCCCUUCCCUGGCAGCAGUGGAGGAUUUUCGGGAAGCAACGGAGGAUUCCAAGGGGGCAACCAACUGGUUCCAGGGAACAAUGGUGGUUUCCCGGGAAGCACUGGCGGCAAUGGCGGUUUCCAAGGUGGAAAUGGUGGAUUUCAAAGGCGGCAGUGGGGGAAGUUUUGGAAACAACGGCCGUUUUUCCCAGCGGAGGGCAGCAAGGAUUCAACGGAGGCUUUCCCAGUGAAUCAGGGAGGAAACCAGGUCUCAAGUGGAGGUUUUCCCGGAAGUAAUGGCUUCCAAGGACCUACCUACCCAUCGAAUGGAAACUCAUUUCUGGACUGGCCAAUGGAUUUCGCCUAA